UGCAGGGCCCCCCUCCUCAACCGGGCCAACCGUUUAAGUUUACGGUGGCAGAGUCCUGUGAUAGGAUAAAAGAAGAAUUUUUUACAAGCCCAAUAUCAUAGUUUAAAAUUAGAAUGUGAAAAGUUAGCAAGUGAAAAAACAGAAAUGCAGAGGCAUUAUGUAAUGUACUAUGAAAUGUCCUAUGGUUUAAAUGUAGAAAUGCACAGACAGACAGAGAUUGCCAAAAGGUUAAAUGCCAUCAUAGCACAAAUUUUACCGUUCCUAUCUCAAGAGCACCAGCAGCAGGUGGCAGCUGCGGUUGAGAGAGCGAAGCAAGUUACCAUGACGGAAUUGAAUGCCAUUAUAGGGGUAAAUAUCCAACAGAUGCACGCUCAGCAACCUCCGCCUCACGCACACGCGCCUCCACUGCCUAUGAUGCCGCAUGCGGCAGCUAUGGCGGGUCUCCAACCUCCAACGUUACCCCCAAGCAGCGCAGCAGGUCUGUUGGCAUUAUCGAGUUCCUUGGCGGGUGCUGGACCCGGUGCCCACCUAUCUGCCGCCGUGUCUUCUGCGGGGGCCCUCAAAGACCACAGGGAUGAGAAACGAUCGAGUUCCGCUCAUAGCUCCGAAGACAGACACGAUAUGGCAUCUGCUCUCCUCAACAUUAGAGCUAAAGCCCUACUGGCCGCAGAGCGAAAUUCCAUAUCUCCAAAUGACAGAGAAAAGUUUAGAACACGGUCUCCAGAUGUAGAUCAUGACCUGAAAAAAAGGAAGAAGGAAGAAAAGCUUAUGGACAGUGAUGGCGAAAAAAGUGAUCAGGAAUUAGUUGUAGAUGUAGCAAAUGAGGACUCUGUGGGGCCUCCUAAUGGUGCUCCAAGUCCACGGGAAAAUGGCACCGACAAAGUAGUUAAAAAAGAACAUGGCUCUCAUAGUCCACAUAGUAGUAUCUCGUCCAAUGCUAGUACUCCUUCUUCUAAGCAUAAAGAUAACGAAAAGUCAACUACACCAGUUCCAAAGUCUGUUACUCCUACUAGUUCGGGUGGUAGUACACCUGGUUCCAGUGGUAUGAAAUCUCUUCCUAAAGCCCCUCCUUUGGGGAAUAUAUUUUCAGGACCUACUUAUCCUUAUCCUCUGCAUGGACCUGCAGGAGCUCACCCUGGCCUUCCAGCUGAUCUGAGUUCGAGUGCAGCAUUCUCUCAGGGAGUCCUCCACAGCAAUAUGUCUCCAGCUCUUAAUAACUAUUCACGUACUCUGGUUGGUUAUGAUCCUCAUCCUUCAAUGCGAGCUCCAGCAUUUGGUGCCAUUUCAGGAGGAAAGCCAGCUUACUCCUUUCAUGUAAGUGCAGAUGGUCAAAUGCAGCCUGUUCCUUUCCCUCCAGAUGCUCUUGUGGCCUCUGGAAUUCCAAGGCAUGCAAGGCAAAUCAACACACUUAACCAUGGUGAAGUUGUUUGUGCUGUAACUAUUUCAAAUCCUACAAAAUAUGUCUACACUGGUGGCAAAGGUUGUGUAAAAGUUUGGGAUAUCAGCCAAUCCGUAAACAAAAGUCCAGUUUCUCAGCUAGAUUGCCUGCAAAGGGAUAAUUAUAUCAGGUCCUGUAAAUUACUGCCAGACGGUCGAACUCUUAUUGUUGGUGGUGAAGCCAGUACUAUAUCUAUAUGGGAUUUAGCUGCACCUACACCAAGAAUAAAAUCAGAGCUGACAUCAAGUGCCCCUGCUUGUUAUGCUCUGGCUAUUAGUCCUGAUUCAAAGGUUUGCUUUAGCUGCUGUAGUGAUGGAAAUAUAGCUGUCUGGGAUCUUCAUAAUCAAAAUCUAGUCAGGCAAUUUCAAGGUCAUACAGAUGGUGCCAGUUGUAUUGAUAUAUCAAGUGAUGGUACUAAAUUAUGGACUGGUGGUUUGGAUAACACUGUACGAUCUUGGGAUUUAAGAGAGGGUCGUCAAUUGCAACAGCAUGAUUUUACUUCUCAGAUAUUUUCAUUAGGAUACUGUCCAUCUGGUGAAUGGCUUGCAGUUGGAAUGGAGAGCAGCAAUGUUGAAGUUUUACACUGUACCAAGCCUGAUAAGUAUCAAUUGCAUUUACACGAGAGCUGUGUACUUUCUUUAAAAUUUGCUUCAUGUGGCAAAUGGUUUGUGUCUACAGGUAAAGACAACCUCCUAAAUGCUUGGCGUACUCCAUAUGGUGCAAGUAUAUUCCAGUCCAAAGAAUCAUCUUCAGUACUGAGCUGCGAUAUAUCGUCUGAUGACAAAUAUAUCGUAACAGGAUCGGGUGACAAGAAGGCAACAGUCUAUGAAGUGAUUUAUUAAAAGUAUCAUCAUUCCUCCUAUUUGGUGACCACUAUGCAGACAUUCCCAUGGUAUGGAGACAAAAUAUACUAGAAGAAGCAAAAGUUGUGUUGUCAGUGAAUAGUUUAAUUACAGAAUUUUUUAACAAAUGUUGGAAGUGGUUGACAUUAAACCUGGAUGUUUAGUUCCAGUUCAUAAAGUACCUUACCAUUUGAUGAUAAGCAGUGCCUGCAAUUUGGGCAAUACAAUUUGUAGAUAUGGCCAUCAUAUCUUUUUUCAUGACUGAUUGACACUCUUCAUGA